AGCCAGGGCAGAGGGAGUGAGGUUGGAGUCAUAAGGGAGGAAACUGUAAGGGGCCUCAGGAGAGCGCUGGUACAGGGGACACCAAGACUUCCUCUUCGAGCACUGGGGAGGAGUUGCUUCUCCCUCCUUGAUGUGCCUCAGUUUUCCCACCAUGACAUGAGAGGCAGGAAGGCAGCAUGCAGGGGAGAGGUGUCACAGGAGUCCAGGGAGCUGCUCCUGGGGUCUGGGAAUGGGGUGGAGGUGGGAGGGAGGCUCUGCAAAGCUCCCUACUGUGGACUGAGGUGAGAAAGGAGCAGCUGUCGCCAUGUCUGAGGACACCCUUCCCUCCCAGCCUCUUGGAUUCACCUGGAUCAGUCUUCUUGAGUCCCAACAGCUCUGUGCUCUGGAGACCCCAAGGAAGGGCUAACAGGAUUUGGGGCAGGUUGCCCUGAGCAAGUUCCCUAGGCUGUAUCCCUGCUGUUUCUUCUCUGCUCUAACCAGGCCUCCUUCCUUCUCAGGAUUGGUAAUGGCAAGCAUGGCUGCAGCUGUCACCUGGGUGCUGGCUGUCCUGUCAGCGCUUUCAGCCACACAGGCCAGGAAAGGCUUCUGGGACUACUUCAGCCAGAGCAGUGGGGACAAAGGCAGGAUGGAGCAGCAGAAGCUGGCCCGGGAGCAUGUGAGCCUGAAAGACAGCCUUGAGCAAGACCUCAACAACAUGGACAAGCUCCUGGAAAAGCUGGGCCCUCUGAGUGGGCGGGGGUGGGGGCCUGACCCGGUGGGCAUGCGGCAGCAGCUGCAGCAGGAGUUGGAGGAGGUGAGGGCGCGCCUGGAGCCCUACAUGGCGGAGGCGCACAAGCGGGUGGGCUGGAAUUUGGAGGGUUUGCGACGGCAGCUGAAGCCCUACACGAUGGACCUGAUGGAGCAGGUGACCCUGCACGCACAGGAGCUGCAGGAGCAGUUGCGCUUGGUGGGAGAAGACGCCAAGGCCCAGCUGCUGGGGGGCGUGGACGAGGCGCGGGGCUUGUUGCAGGAACUGCAGAGCCGCGUGGCGCACCACACUGGCCGCGUCAAGGAGCUCUUCCACCCCUACGCCGAGCGCCUGGUGACCGGCAUCCGACGCCAAGUGCAAGAGCUGCACCAUAGCGUGGCUCCACACGCCGCCGCCAGCCCCAAGCGCCUCAGCCGCUGCGUGCAGGCGCUUUCACGCAAACUCACGCUCAAGGCCAAGGCUCUGCACGCACGGAUCCAGCAGAACUUGGACCAGCUGCGCGAAGAGCUCAGCAAUGCUUUCGCUGGCGCCAGUGCAGACGGGACUGAGGAGGGGGCCGGCUUAGACCCCCAGGUGAUCUCUGAACAGGUGCGACAGAGACUUCAGGCUUUCCGACAUGACACCUUCCAGCAGAUCGCUGCCUUCACUCGCGCCAUCGACCAGGAGACUGAGGAGGUCCAGCAGCAGCUAGCGCCACCCCCGCCAGGCCACAGCGCCUUCGCCCCCGAUUUACAACAAGGCGACAGUGGCAAGGCCCUGAGCAAGCUGCAAGCCCGUCUGGAUGACCUGUGGGAGGACAUCACCUACAGCCUUAAUGGCCAGGGCCACGACCAUCUGGGGCAGCCCUGAGGGUCUGCUUGCCCAGGCCCCCUUCCCAGCUCCUUGUCUGGGAAGCCCUGGACCUCCUGCCUGGCUCAGUCCUUGACAGUGGCCUGUUGGGUGGAGGGUGGAGGGUCCUGCACAGGAAAGGCCAGGCCACGGGAAGGGCUGCUGUCCUCAGUACAUCCAGCCUCCUGGGACUCCUCAUCUGGAUGUGUUACACUCACCAGGCUUUGCAAACCCAGCUUCCUGUGCCCUUUUGGGAAUCUUCCCUAGCUGCUCCAUUCAGGGAUGAGGGAGGAGGGGGCAGUGUAUGUGCAGGUAAUUACCCACAAGCAUGUUUGCCAUGGUGCUGGAAGUCUGUGCCACUACAUCCUGGAGUUAGGGUCUUGUCACUUCCUGAUGCCUGGUGGCUACAGCUGGUCCAUAGAAAGGAGCACUUGUCACCUCAGGCCUGCAGCCACAGCUUCUGUUAGGUGAACAGAAGGGAGAAAGGAGUGAAAUAUGAUGGGGAGAGCAUCUGCUGGCUUUGAUGCUGGGGGAUGUAUGGCAGGGGCUGUGAUGGGAGGGGACAGAGCCCUUACUUCCUUACAGAGCUCUGCACUUAAGUAUGAGACUGAGCACUCUAAACUGAGGCUUAUUAAACUCCCUGGGGAGCAUACCAUGUGCCCUCCCCCUCUCCAGCCCCUCCCUCCUGACUUCCAGGCUGAAGUCUAUAGACUUCUGGCUCAAAUGAAAUAGAUGCUUAUGAUGGAA